AUGGCGGCAAACAAAAUGGCACAUGAAGAGCUGAAAUACGCAGAGUUUCUGGCGCUUAUGUACCGCAGCGACUGCAAGGAAGUUAUCGAUGCAGAACAUCAAAGAGUUAUCAGUGAGAAAGUAGAAGGCACCUUUACAGCAGAAAAAAAAAACAAAAGUUUGAACAGGUUCGACCACGCCGUGUGUUUUGAUCACUCGAGAGUGAUUCUGCCGAAGGAGCGGAACAGGGGGAGCUACAUAAACGCCAACUAUGUUGACGGAUUUGAGCACACAAAGAAGUUCAUUUGCGGAGAAGCCCCGACUCGUAACACGUGCUACGAUUUUUACAGAAUGCUGUGGAUGGAGCAAGUACAGAUAAUCGUGAUGCUGACCCAAAAGAAAGAAAAUGGAAAAGAAAAAUGCUACCCGUACUGGAGUAACGUGGAACAAACUUCGUUUAGAUUAGGCAAGUUUCAAAUUACAACCAUCAACGUUGAAAAGUUCCCUCAUUAUGUAAAAUCGACCCUUGAGUUGACCGAUGGGACUGGAGCAACGCAAACGGUGAUACACUUUAAUUUCACCGCUUGGCCAGACCACGACGUGCCCAAAAAUACGUCAGAGUUUGUGAGCUUCGUCCUGGAGGUCAGACAAUGCCAGAGGGAACUCUAUGAAAACUCGCUCCAGAAUGGCCAUAAACGCCUCCAGCCGCCGCCAAUUGUUGUGCACUGUAAUGCCGGGCUGGGAAGGACUCCCUGCUAUUGCGUGGUCGACAUCAGCAUUUCGAGGUUUCAUCACAAUCAAACUGUUUCAAUUCCGUCUAUAGUGUCCAGUAUUCGGGAAAAAAGGUACCACAGCUUGUUCAAUCCGUUCCAGUACUUUUUUUGCUACGAAGCAGUUAAGUUCUACUUGGAUUUAGCCGACACAAAAGCUUUGAUAAAGACAAGUCCGGUCCGACAAGUUGUUUCGUAUUUUAAAAAUUUAGUCAACUAA